CAACAGUCCUUCAUUCACUUCCAUGACUCCGCGACUAACACUCGGGGCAAUGAAUAACCCGAUGGUGGGGAGGCCACGAGGUCUGAGUCCGGGGACUCCGCAGUCAGAAAAGAUUCACUCAAUGAGGCUUACUUCCGGAUCUCCCUUUCACAGCCAAGCGGGGUAUCACAGCUACUAUUAAACCCCUGCACUCCCCCCAUUUCCUCCCCUAGUCCUGUCUGCCUCUCUCUUUCCCUCACCCCCAUUUCUCAACCGAUUGUCACUAUGGCUACUGAUAACUCAGAGAAGGGAACCUCCGCCUUGGAGAUCGAGGCGCAAAAGGGCGAACCGAUCUACGAUGCUGCCGUGAAGGUCGACUACGACCGAACCGGCGCCAUCGAUGCUGAGGAGGUCGAACAUCGAAUGACGGUGCUGGAGGCUGUCAGGGCCUAUCCUGCGGCCAGCUGGUGGGCGUUCGUCAUGUCAUGCACCAUUAUCAUGGAGUCAUACUGUGUGUUCUUGAUGGGACAAUUCAUCGCCACCCAUCAAUUCGCCGUGGACUUUGGGGUAUACAGUGACGUGUCAAAGGGUUGGAUCAUUGAAGCUUCCUGGCAGUCAGCAUUCCAGUGUAGCGGCCCCAUUGGUGCCUUCAUCGGUGUCUUUGUGGCGGGUCCCAUCACGAGUUGGAUUGGGUAUCGAUGGGCCACCAUUGGCGGUCUCAUGGCCUUGAAUGCCUUCAUCUUCAUCUUCUAUUUUGGCAACAGCCAGGGCAUGUUUUUCGCCGCCCAGAUCCUGGAAGGGAUCCCCUGGGGCAUUUUUAUCGCCAAUGCGCCCGCCUACUGUGCCGAAAUUGUGCCCAUGCGACUCAGAGCUCCCGCGACGCAGAUGCUGCAGAUGUUCUGGGCGAUCGGUUCGAUCAUCGUCGGCGGUAUCACCUACCACUACCAAUCCAAGAAUGACUCCUCCGCGUACAGAGUCCCCAUCGCACUCCAGUGGAUGUUCCCGACUCCUCUGGCUAUCCUCCUCUUCCUGGCGCCCGAAUCCCCGUGGUGGCUGGUCCGCAAGGGCCGUCUGGCUGAGGCAGAGAAGGCUGUGAAACGUCUGGGGCGCGCGAGUGGCGCUGAGAAUCCCGCCGACGCAGUCGCCAUGAUGCGUCGCACGAUCGAGCUGGAGAAGACGGUGAAGAAGCCCAGUCUCAUUGAACUGUGGAAAGGCACCGAUCUCUACCGCACCUUGAUCGUGUGUGGCGUGUACGCGUCGCAGAAUCUGACGGGCAAUCUGAUCGCCAACCAAGCGGUCUAUUUUUUCAAGCAGGCCGGUAUGGCCGACAACACCGCAUUUGCCUUGGGUCUGAUCACUUCCGCCCUCCAGUGGAUCAUGGUCAUGCUCUCCUGGGUUCUCACCACCUACCUCGGCCGCCGCACCAUUUAUGUCUAUGGGCAGUUGAUCAACUGUGCGUUCUUGAUCGCGCUCGGGAUCGCCGCCUCGGUGGGCGCGAGUACUGCGGCGAGCAAUGCGCAGGCCUCCCUGGGCUUGAUCGUCUCCGUUCUGUUCUGCUUGGGACCCGCCCCCGCCUCGUGGGUCAUCAUCGGCGAGACCUCGUCCGUGCGUCUCCGGCCCCUGACGACGGGCAUCGGACGCGGGGCCUACUACCUGGUCAAUAUCCCCUGCAUCUUCCUCUCCAGCUACAUGCUCAACACGGACAAGUGGAACCUGGGCGGCAAGAGCGGCUACAUCUGGGCGGGUACUGCCUUUGUCUGCACCGCGAUGGCGUGGCUGUGGGUUCCGGAGAUGAAGAACCGGUCCUUCCGUGAGAUCGACAUUCUGUUCAAGCGCAAGGUGCCGGCUCGCAAGUGGAAGCAGACGGUCGUGGAUAUUCGCGAUGAUGAGUAGUGGGCAGUUGCGGUUCGUGAUGUUUGCGUGGGUCUGGGUUUAACUGCGGGUUCAAUGCAGACUCUGCUGGUCUAGCUAUGUAAUACUACCGAUCAGAUCAGAUCAGAUCAUUAAUGGAGAGCUAAGGAUACCUGGAGCUCCUUCACUCUUAUUUUGCUUUGAAUUGUAGUUCUUUUGAAUCUACUUCUCCUACAUGUACGUAAUUCUCUGCUGACUUAUGCCUCGGUAGUCUGUGCAGAGUCUUCUACCAAGUAUCUUCUUCACACAUGUUACUACCAGUCAAGAGCAGCGCUUGAAGCGAGCUUGUCGCAUGCUUCUCCUGGGUCGAUAUCGU